AUGUCAUCUUAUCCCGUACCUGGAAAGAAAGUCAUACUUGUCAUCGGUGCGACCGGCGCACAAGGACAGGCGAUCAUCGACAAGUUGCUAGCGCCUGCUGAGGACGGCUCGCUAUCCCCAUACGCCGUACGAGCACUCACGCGCGACCCAGAUAGCAGCAGAGCGACCGAGCUCGCUGCGAAGGGCGUUGAGUGCGUCAAAGGCGAGCAUCACUCACCCGUCUCUGUUCGUGGCGGCGAGGCGCUGAGAAGCACACCCCUAGGCCGGUUCGACCAUUUUGACAGCGUCGCGGCCGCACUGCGCGGUGUAUACGGCGCGUGGGUCAACACCGACGGCUUCACAGCCGGCGAGCCGUGGGAGACCUACGCGGGGAUGCGGAUCUUCGAACUCGCAAAGCAAGCCGGAGUGCAGCACUACAUCGGGGGCUACGACGAGAAGUACCGUUGCGAGCACUACGACGCGAAGGGCCGUGUCGGUGAGUGGAUGCAGGCGCAGGCGUCGGACGUGCACGGCGCGGGCAUGACAUGGUCCAUCGUGACCUCGUGCCCGUACAUGGACAUGCUGCACAACCCUGGCGUAUCCUCUCAUCCUCACCUCUCGCAGUUGAUGUUUGGCCCCAUCGCGGAGCGCGCAGACGGUACAGUUGUCUUCGCGACGCCCGUCGGGGCAGGGCAGGUCCCCAUGAUUGCGCUUUCAGACCUGGGCUUCUUCGCGCGAUACACGUUCGACAACCGGCGCGCAACGUCGGGCGUGGAUCUGCGCGUUGCAAGUGACCUCGUCGGCUGGGAGCGCCUGCGCGCAACGUUCGAACGCGUGAGCGGGCGGCGGGCAGUUGUCGUGCACAUGUCGCUCGCCGAGUGGUUCGAGGUGUUCGAGGGCGUCGACGGCCCGCUAGCGACGGGCGGCACCGCGGGUGUGGACACGACAACGUGGCGGCGCAACUUCGAGGGCUGGUGGGCGCUCUGGCGCGACGGUGUCAUCACGCGGGACAUAGAGUGGAUCAGGAAGGUACAUCCACGAGGGCACACCCUUGAAAGCUGGAUGAAGGAGCAGGACUACGGCGAGCACUUGUGGGAGAAUGUUGCGUUCCUGAAGAAUUCCGAAGAUGGGAGGACGCCGACUCUCAAGAUAGAGAAGUCGAUAGCCUUGUCCAAAUUGUGA